AUGGAGGCAAAUGGGUGCCCAGAUACCUCCGGCAGAGCCAAUGACUCCCAGCACGACCCAGGUAAAAUGUUUAUCAGUGGACUGAGCUGGCAGACCUCACCAGAUAGCCCUAGAGACUAUUUUAGCAAAUUUGGAGAAAUUAAAGAAUGUAUGGUCAUGAGAGAUCCCACAACGAAAUGCUCCAGAGCCUUCGGUUUUGUCACCUUCGCAGACCCAGCAAGUGCAGAUAAAGUAUUAGGUCAACCCCACCAUGAGUUAGAUUCCAAGAAGAUUGACCCCAAAGUUGCAUUUCCUCGCGGAGCGCAACCCAAGAUGGUCACAAGAACAAAGAAGAUACUCGUUGGAGGAUUGUCUGCGAACACAGUAGUAGAAGAUGUAAAGCAGUAUUUUGAACAGUUUGCCAAGGUAGAGGAUGCGAUGCUAAUGUUUGACAAAAUCACCAACAGGCACAGAGGGUUUGGCUUUGUCACUUUUGAGAAUGAAGACAUUGUGGAGAAAGUCUGUGAGAUUCAUUUCCAUGAAAUCAAUAAUAAAAUGGUAGAAUGUAAGGAAGCUCAGCCGAAAGAAGCCAUGUUCCCACCUGGGACAAGAGUCCGGGCCCGGGUGCCAUACAUCAUGGAUGCGUUCAUGCUUGGCAUGGGAAUGCUGGGCUACCCCAACUUUGUGGCAACUUAUGGCAGAGGCUACCCCGGAUUUGCUCCUAGCUAUGGCUACCAGUUCCCAGGCUUCCCAGCAGCAGCUUAUGGACCAGUGGCGGCGGCAGCUGUAGCAGUGGCUCGAGGAUCAGUCCUGAAUAGCUACAGUGCUCAACAGAAUUUUGGUGCGCCCGCUUCCCUGGCAGGCUCCAACCUGGCGUGGCCCGGAGGCUUCCCGGGGGCCAACAGCACUGGACCUGUCCCCGAUGGCCCUGCCAGCCAGGACUCCAGAGUGGGGAAUUACAUAAGCGCAGCCAGCUCACAGCCUGGCUCAGGCUUAGGCCACAGCAUAGCUGGACCUUUGAUUGCAACGGCCUUUUACAAAUGGAUACCACUGAGCAAGUGCUUCCAUUGCCAUCUCACUAUGAGAGCAUACCUGGAUGUCCAGGCAAGACUGGGAGAAGUUUCUGAGUGGCCCUUUGUUUAGGUGAU